GGCGGCAGCGCGGCCGUGCCCUCGCCCGAGCUGCCGAGCGCGGGCUCCGCGCUGCACGCGUCGGGCGCCUGCCGGCCGUGCGGCUGGUUCUGGAGGGCGGGCGGCUGCCAGAACGGGCGCGGGUGCCGCCGGUGCCACCUGUGCCCGGAGGGCGAGCUGAAGACCCGGAAGAAGGCGAAGCACACGCUCUUCCGCCUGGGACUGGCGACCCCAAAGGUCGCUGCGGGCAAGGACCAGGAGACGUCAGAGCCCCGCCGCGUCAGGUUCAUGGAGGAGGAGGAGGAGGAGGAGGAGGAGGAGGAGGACGAGGAGGAGGAGGAGGAGGAGGAGGAGGAGGAGGAGGAGGAGGCGGAGGCGGAGGAUCAGUCCCCGCUGGUGGCAGCUGCCCCGAGGUCGUGCCUGUCCCGCCCGGCCUGCAGCCGCCGCCGGAGACCCCCAGCCACGGCUCGACCCUGCACCGGGCCGGCGCCUGCCAGCCGUGCGCGUGGUUCUGGAAGCCGGGCAGCUGCCAGCAGAGCCUCGAGUGCAGCUACUGCCACCUCUGCCCCGCGUCGGAGCUCAAGGACCGCAAGCGGAGCAAGCACGCGCAGAUGCGCCUGGGCCUCGUCACCCCGAGGGUGCGGCCGGCGAAGGGGGCGCCCGCCCGGGGCGGCGGCGACUCCGCCCUCAGCGCCGACGCCCCAGAGUUCACGCCCGCCUUCCUGGGCCCGGCGGCCCUGCGCAUGGGCCUCGCCACGCCGAAGGCCCCGCGGCCCCCUCGGCUGGGAGCCCGGUUCUGGCCAGCAGGAAGGGGUGCACUGGUCGAUCCAUAUGUUCGGAGCACGAGUUGCUGUCGAGAAGUGUCUUCGACUGACUCUGGAGAUUUUGUGGCAGCUUGGGGGCCUUGCAAGGCACAGAACUGCAGUACGUACAGUAAGGACGCUCGGAGAGUUCGUGAUGAGCCUGUUUUCCACCACCACCAUCAGUUGGAAGUUGGAUGGGGGAAUGAGGAGGAGGAGGAGGAGGCGGAGGAGGAGGAGGAGGAGGAGGAGGAGGAUGAGGAGGAGGAGGAGGGGGAGGAGGAGGAGGAGGAGGAGGACCACCUUCUCCAACGUAUGGUGGUGGUGGUGGUGGUGGAAAACGCGCCCAUCACAACGGGGGGGAGGGGAGCCUUUUCUUUUCUUUUUGGGCCUCCUUGAGGCUACUCGUCGCCCUGGCUGGGCGCGGCGGCUCGAAGAACUGGUGCGCUUGGACCGCCGCCCUGAGGACCAGGGCGUCUACCAUGCGCGCCGUAUGUACUCUUAA